UUUAAAGAGUUAACCAUAAUUAACAAGAGUAGCGUGCACAUUAAGGAAGAGGAAGACUACUCAAAUUGAAAUUGCAGAGGGAGAGUCCAAAAGCGUCUCAAUCUUAGCGACAAGUUUCCAAUGAGAACAAGGAAACCUAAGAUGGAGAAAACAGUGGCUCACUCUCAGUCUCAGCCUCAGUCCCAAAUUGAGAUCGUGAACAUUGAAGACGACGAUGCCUUUUGCUUCACACCCAUUUCACUGAAGCGCUCAGCAGACCACGUGGAAGAGGAAAGAGGCCUUCAAUCGAUCAAAGCAGGUAACUUUAUCGACCUUUCUGAUGAAACUCUAGACUUUUACGACGAUGACGAUGAGCUUAGAAUUCUUAGGUUUAAACCCUCAAACACCCCCUUUGGAAAACGAACAAAGCCCUUUACGGGUCCUUCUGUGACCGAAGCUGGGCAAUCUUCCAAUUCCAAGGAAAACCCAUCUUUUGUUUGUGAAAUCUGUGUUGAAACCAAGCCCGGAAACCAGUUGUUUGCGGUAGAAAAUUGCAGCCAUGGGUAUUGUACUGACUGUACGGUCAACUACGUGGCCUCGAAGCUUCAAGAGAACAUCACAAACAUUAGGUGCCCUGUUCCUGAUUGUAAAGGGUUGCUAGAGGCCGAGUAUUGUCGACCAAUUCUGCCCCCUGAGGUGUUUGAUAGGUGGGGAAGUGUGUUGUGUGAGAGUGUGAUUCUUGGGUCUGAGAAGUUUUAUUGUCCCUAUAAGGACUGCUCUGCUAUGUUGAUUGAUGAUGGGAAAGAGGUUAUAAAGCAAUCACAGUGUCUCAAUUGUUGGAGAAUGUUCUGUGCCCAGUGUAAGGUUCCUUGGCACGAGGAGAUUGAGUGCGAAGAAUUUCAGAAGUUGAAUAAGGAUGAGAGGGAAAAGGAAGCUGUCAUGUUGAAGAACCUUGCGCAGCAGAAACAAUGGAGAAGAUGCCCCAAUUGUAAGUUCUAUGUGGAAAAAUCAGAGGGUUGCAUGUUCAUGAUGUGCAGGUGCAAAACAGCUUUCUGCUACAGAUGUGGUAAAAUUUUAAAAGCCAAUCAUGGCCACAAUUGUCCCAAUUGUAGGGGGCGUUGACAUGUUCUAUAACAUAGAUUAUGAUGAUACUUUAAAUAUUGCAAAUCAUCAAUCAGUACAUGUACGGGAAAAUUCUACAGUCCCAAAAGAGGUGGGAUAACAAUAGCUGAUACCUCCAUGCUCAAUAAAGUUCCAGUUAGCUUU